AUGUCAGAACAAAAUUCAGUCGCAGAGGUUGUCACAUGGCUAGUCGACACGGUCGAACGGAGCUCGGAGCAUGCAGAACCCCUGGCAGAGGUGUCGGCUGUGGGGAGGUGGGUUGGGAUGCAAGCCAACAUGGACGUCAGGACGCACACGUUUCAGAGAUGCCAGCGACUGGUUCGAACCUUCCGACAUGAAGUGCUGGACGUGUUCUUGCUCAAGUUUGCCGGGGCUGCAUCUGUACAUGCAGAACAGGAUGGCAGGGCGGCAAGGGAGAUCGGGAGGUGGUGGGAGCGGAUGCGGGGGGAGGAGGAUGUGGAGGCUGCGGCCUGCUAUGUUUGCCUGAGCAUGGAGACAUUUCUCGAGCUGGGCUGUGAUGUCUUCCUCGAGAUCGUUCACUGGUCGAGGAAACUUGUUGAAUGCGUGCAUGGCUCUUUGAAGGGCAAUGAAGGCUUCGUGAUGGGUGCGAUCGACUCGGGUCGGCGGAAGUGGAUGCCAUUAAUCAUGGCGAAGAUUGAAGAGAAGGACGGGAAGAGGCAGAUAGCUAGAGAGAGUUUGUUCAGCAAGAUUUGUUCGAUAAGUUGGCAUUCUGACGUUGAGAUAAGGAGGAGGAGGCAGAAUUUGUUCAUAGAGCUCUCCUGUCUUCCUCUUCUUGCUCAGCUCUUGAGAUCCAAGGACGUGAACCUGCAGCACUGGGCAGCAAACUGUCUCUUUGCCGUCUUGAGGGACAACGACGACGGGGCGUGUGAGUUUGUGGAGAGCGGCACGUUCCGAGAUGUCGUCGCGGUCAUGCAUGAGAUUGACUUGUCGUCAAGAGUUCAGUUGUCCUUGUUGAAGCUCAUGAAAGUUGUUUGUCAGUGUUAUCAACCAGCUGCAAGGUUUCUCCUGUCCAAGGGCAACACCCUGCUGGAAAAGGUGUGCGAGCUGCUGGGGAGGUGUGCUGCUGGGGUUGUGGUGGACGAGGGGGAGGAGAAGACGGGAGAGAUCAAAUUGAAAGCAACCAUUGAGCUUCUGCUUGUGUUGUGCUGCCACCAGGAAAGCCGGGAAGCCUUGAAGAAGAGUCGUGUGAACGAACUGAUGUACAGAGUCCUAGUCAUAACUAAGUCGUCUGCAGUGAAAGAGUUGUCGACGAUGGGACUGUCGCUGCUCUGUGCGGGCUCAUGGCCGUCUUACAUGUGUCUUGUCCGUCGUCGUGACAUCUUGGACUUGCUGACGCGCCUGUUCUUCGACAUGUUCCUCCUGCACAAAGACGACAGCGAACGGAGAUGUUGGUGCGUGAACGCCAUGGUCGAGGCUACGAGGAGCAGGUGGAACAGGGAUCGAAUCAGAGGGAAAGGCAUCUUGGACUUCGUCGAGCGAUUGAUUUUGGACGAGGAAACCAGACAGUCUGCAACCUUGGGAGGCCUGACGAGAAUUUUCUGGCAGUUCUUGCAAGAUGAGCAUGUUGAUGUUGCGGAUCCGCCCAAGGUGUACGGGAGAGAAGCAGGAGAUAGCAUGAUACGAUGUUACUUCCUCCUCGACAGCGUGCCUGUUUCAGAUCGCAGGCAGAUCCCUGCUGGAUCUAGGUUGCAUGCUGUCUUCUCCUCCUCCUCCUCAUCCUCCUCCUCCUCCUCCUCCUCUGCUGGAGGGAAACCAGUCAAAGGAUGUCUACCCCUCCUCCAUUCAGAUCAUCUGCAGCAGAUCGUUGAGAUCCGAACCAUGACGGUCAUAUGGGACCGACGGCUCUCCAACCUGAACCUCCUGCAGUUCACUGACAGUUUCGUUCGCCAAUUCCGUCUAGUCAAGAAGCAGCACAGAGACAUGAAGACUGGGCUGACCCCGCAGCAGUUCUCCUCCUUCUUCUCCUCCUGGAUGGCGGAGGUGGCCCAAGGGACUAGCCCGGGCCUCGUGCAGGAGCUGGCGUCAGUUUGCCUUGAAGGAGCCAUGAAGCUCAGGGACGGUCUCAGUGCUCGGGGGAAGAACCUGCGGUCAAGCAGCGAGGUCACGGAGUAUGACCUGCUCGAUUUCCUCUCCGCCAGCUCCUGGGACUUCCUUGGGCGCAUCGGCGAUUCUGUGCGCAGGAUUGAGAUGCUCGCCUGCUCCCCUCGCCUCUGCUCCUCUCACGUCCUGGGCCUUGUCAGGAAGAACCGAACUCCUCCUCCUCCUCCUCUUGAUUCUCCUCCUCCUUCUCCUAGUUCUCCUCCUCAGCCUACUGCUUUUCCUUCUCCUCCCGCUGCUUCUCCUGCUCUUCUUCGUCCUCCAGAGACUCCUCCUCUUGCACUGCACGACUUUCCUGCUGCUGUGUAUGUGAUAGGAUGGGACUGGCAGCCAGUGAAGAUGGUCAUGGUGAGAUUAGAGCAGAAAGAAGAAGUGGAGCAAGUGUUCGGGCGCGUUCACCAAGAGCAGAAAAUUCGGCAGCGGAAGCGUGUUCAGGAAGAGGAGGAACAGAAACAGCAGGGGGAGCAGGAGCAGGAGCUUAAGUUGGAGAUGGAGGAGGAGCUUGGGCAGCAGGAGCAGGAGCAGGAGCAGGAGCAGGAGCAGGAGCAGGAGCAGGGUGGGAGAGAAAUUUGCGUCUGGGACAGGAGCAGCCAGGACGAGGAAGUGUUCUCCUACAUCAUCAAGUGCACUUACCAAGAUCUGAGAAGCAAUACUGCUCCUGAGACAGAUCUCGAACCUCCUGCUCCUCCUGCUCCUCCUGCUCCUCCUGCUCCUCCUGCUCCUCCGCACGAUGUCGUGGAGGAAAGAGCUUACACGAUGUUGAGCAUGAAGAAGAGACUCUCGUUCAAGGACGCGUGGGAGAUGGCGUUGAGCGAGUUCAUCGACGAAACUUUCAGGGAGCAGGCAAACGACUCGGGUGCCGUUGACACCUCUAGUAUGCUGGAGCAGCUCCAUCGUGUCGGCCUCGCAGUUCUGCCAAGGGACCUUGAGGAGAGGUUAGCGGAAGCAACGCGGGACGCACGAGCUGAGGAGCAGGAGGGUGCAGGAGCAGGAGCAGAAGCAGGAGCAGGAGCAGGAGCAGGAGCAGGGAGGGAAACGGUCAACUACCAGACCUUCUCUCUCAUCGUCCGGCGGAUGAUGGAGGAGAGGAGAGCAGUGAGGUUCCCCGUCAUAGAAGAUAUCCCUUCCCUCCGCAUCUUCCAGGACACAAGACAAGUGAGGCAGCUGCUGGCGGCUCGAGGAGAGCAAGUGGCAGACGACAGAAGGUCCUCGAGCUUCUGCGACCUUAUCGAGAGAUGCGACUACCUUGUAGCCUUUCUCAGCCGCAACUUUGAGCUGAACAUCCGAUGCUACACGGAGAUGGCGCUUGCUCGCCAUCGUAACAAGACAAUCAUCUUCCUUUGUGUUCAGGACUUCAACGUGCAGGAAGAGUGGUUGAAUGAUUUGUUGGGGAUAGAAAGAGAGGAUAGAAUACUUUGUCAUUCUCUCCCUUCGAUGACAUGCUGGCGCAAGGGAUCUCGACAUGUUGAGACUACUCUCUUCCCUCCCUACAACGACCGCCGUCCGCCAGUUUUCACCCUCUCCUCCUCCUUCUCCUUCUUCGCUCCUUGCGAUGCUUCCCCUUCCUCUGACCUUGUGCUCUCCCACCCGAACGCUGGAUUUGUUUCUUCCUCUACCUCCACAAGCACGCGACCUCUGCUGCAGGCUGCCCCGAGGUCUCGUCGAGAGGUCAACGGAGAUCUGGUGGAGGGAUCGCUCCUCCUCGACUUCCGUCCCCAGCAUCAUCAACGGAUUGCUGAGGAGGAGGAGCGAGGUUGGAGGAAGCAGCACGAGGUGGCGGAGGAGGAGUACAGAGAAGCACGAGCGAUGCAGCGCAAGGUUGAAGGAGAAGUGUGGGAGCUGCUAGAGGAGCUGAGGAAGGGAAGGGAAGAGAUUGAGAGGAUGGAGGAGGAAGGGGAGCGGCUGGAGGAGGAGGAGAGGAGGAGGAGGACGGAGCUGGAGAAUAUUGAGAUGCGUUAUGAAUGGGUGAUGGAGCAUUUCAGCGACGAUGCGGAUUUUGGCAAGAUGAGUCAAGAGAGUGAAGAACUUUUCAAGGCGAAGACAGAGAUCGAGUUCCAACUGAAACGUGUCACGAAGGAGAGAAGAAACUUGGAGGAAGUGUUGAUAUGUUGGAAGGAAGACAUGAGGAGGAAGGAGGAGAGGCUGGAGGAAACAAGAAGAGAAGAGAGCAAGUGGAGGAGGGGAGAGGAGGAGAGAGGAAACACCUUGUCUAUGGCAGCCAGGACUCUGCAAGUUGCAACAGAGAGAGUAAACGAUGAGAGGUUGAGACUGUUUCGUGAUGAGAGCGUGAUGGAGCUGAUGAAGCAGAUCUACAAUCAUCGCAAGCUCUAUCGCAUGAGCCUCUUCAUCACUCGCUCCUGCUUCUACAAAAGUUUUCUCCUCCUCCACCUGCAUGCUGCCCGAUGCAAACUCUUCAAGCGCAAACUGGCUCCCUUCCUCCUCCGCCCGCUCUACCUCUCCUUCAACUCCUUCAUCUCCUACCAUCUCCAGCAGGAGCGCAAGCGGAAGGAUCAGGAGACAGCAAGCAGUUUCAGCCGCGGAAAACUAUCCCUCUCCUUCCUCUUUCAGUGGAAAGAGGCGGUCAUGGAGGGCCGAGACCUCGCCUCCUCUGCUGCUGAACCUCUCCGGCGACUUCUCCUCCUGCUCGGCCUCCGUGUCGUCGAGCUUGCAGUGCAGGAGUGGAGGAGGAGGACGCGGCUGGAGAAACAGGCCAGAAGCCUGCACGACCGUCACUGGAGCAACUUUGCUCUCUCCUCCUGGCUGGACCACUGGGAGCAAGUCGUGCUGACCUUCAGCAGGGUCGGGGAGAAAUGCAAGAAGUUUCUGCUGCUGCUCUCCGCUGACUUUCUCCUUCUCUCCUUCUCUUCCUGGCGGGGCCGGACUGUCCUCAACAUCCGCGUCCGAUCCUACGUGGGGCACAGGAGGAGGAGCGAGGAAGAGGCGGUGGUGAUUGAAUGGAAAGUUUUGGUGGCGGAGGCGAAAAUGAACAGGAGGGUGCAAGAGGAGGCGUCGAGCAGGUUUCGCCUCGUCCUCUCCGCCCUCCUCAGCGAUAGGAAGGUCGACUGCUUCCUCGCAUGGCGGCGACGGGCGGCAGGGAAGCGGAAGGCAAGGACAAUGAGCGCGCGGGUGGUGGAGGGGGAGGCGUGGAGGAGGUGGAUGGAGGCCAUGGAAAGUUUCUACGAGCUCCAGGAGAAGGUGCAGGAGCGCUGCUCGUCGGUCGUGCUCAGCCUGCUAGGAAGCAGCAUGCGACAGUGCUUCAUGGCAUGGAGGAGGAGGGGGGAAAAGAGGAAACUCGCCAUGCUCCGAUGGGCCAACAGCUCCCUCACCUCCGCCAUGUCCUCUUGGAAGGAAGCAGCAGCCCUCCUGCGGGAGAGGAGGGCAGCACUGCUGGAGUGGAGCUGGAGGGCGGAGCAGAGGAGGUGGAACCGAGAUCUGCUCAACGAUGCGGUCAGGGUGUGGGUGAACAUCUGGGUGAUCAGAUCAUUCCGCGCGCUCUACGAGUUGGCUGUCACAGAGAGGUACAGGAGGAGAGUUGUUGCGUCCUUCCGCCUUCGCUUCCGCCUUCGGCUUGCUCAGAAGAUGCUGCUGCUGUGGAGAGAGGAGGAGGAGAGGAGGAGGAGCGCCGUGGAAGUGAUGGAGGAGCAGCAGCUGAGAAGGAGGAGGAGGACGCUGAAGAAGAGCCUGCGGAGGAUGAGGGAUGAAGUGAGGGACAGGAAGAUCGGAGAAAGGAUGGAGCUGGCAAAAGAGAGCAGGGUGUUGAAGCGAAUGCUGCUGUCAGCCUUGUGGUGGACGCUGCAGUGGUGGCAGGAGGGGAGCAGGAGGAGCAAGAGGUUCCGAGCUGGGGAGGAGGUCAUGGGGAGGAAGAGGAGGAGAAGGAAGCUCUCUGCCUGCUUUCGCUCGUGGUCCGUCGACUUCGUCGACUCAAGUUUCUUGGAGCGCCAUCGAGCGUUGGGGGAGGCGGCGAGAAAGGCUGUGGAAGAGGGAGGAGGGAGGGAGUUCCUCCUGUUCCUCCGAGCAAGCGCAACAUGGAGCAGCAGCAGUACGCACAGCAGGAUCAGAAACUACGGGAAGCGACGCGCGAGGAAGGAGGGAGAGGGAGAGGACGAGGACGAGGAGGGAGGAAGGGAGCGGCAGCAGGAGCAGGAGCAGGAGCAGGAGCAGGAGCAGGAGGAAGGGACCCGAGGGUCACUUCGACUGACAGACAUGCUGGUGCUGCAGAAGAUGCUGGCAGACGCUGUGGGGAGGAAGGCGACUUUCUGGCGGGUGGUGGAGGGUUUCUCUUUUCUCCUUUCACAACAGCAGCAAGCUCUGUCCUCCUCCUCCUCCUCCUCCCGCCGCUCCUCGUCCCUCCCCCACGAUCUUCGAGCUCCCGAUCAGCUCAUGACGAUGUUGGACCAGCUCCAGCUGCAGGCGUACGCGCCGACGCCGCUGGCAACUCACCGGGAGGAGGAGGAGGAGGAGAAAAGGAGAAGAAUGAAGGAGGAGAUGUCGUGGGAGGAAGCGGCAAGAACGUCGUGGAGGAAGGAGAUUGCUAAUCAGAUCCUGCCGCCAUACCUGGGAGGAAAGUUUGCCAGGAUGGCAGUGGAGAAGUUCCGAAAGCAGGAGGGUAGAGCAGUGAAGUGUUCUGCCUCCUCCUCCCUGUCGCUUCUCCCCGAUAUCCACGGCCCCAAGAAGCCUGUGGACGCUCCUCCUCCUGCCAAGAACAAAGAGAAGCGAUGA